CCUCCCACUUCCUCCUUGGAUGACGGAUGUAUGUAAUGCAAAGAACCUUUUCUGUCAAAUACAAGUGAGGCGCAGAAGUGAAAGUAAAUCAACCGAGGAAAACAAGCUAGAAGCAGAGAUCAACAAGAUGGCUUCAAACGUCCCACAGUCUGAGGCAGAGUGCACAUGUCCUGUGUGCUGUGACAUAUUUACUGAUCCUGUUCUGUUGCUGUGUGGCCACAGCUUCUGCCAACAUUGCUUACAGGAGUGGUGGAGACAGAGCUCACUGAGAACAUGCCCUGUCUGUAAGGAAAUGUUUCAUUUGACUCAGCCGCCUCGAAAUCUGGCCCUGAGAAACCUGUCUCACUCAUUGAAGCAGGAGAGGAGAAAGAGAGCUGGAUCCAAGGAGAUUUGUUUAUUGCAUGGUGAGAAGUUCAAACUCUUUUGUCAGGUCGAUCAACAACCCAUCUGUGUGAUUUGUCGGGAUUCGAAAACACACACACAACACAAAUGUGUUCCCAUUGAUAAAGCAGCAGAGGAGUACCGUGUUAAAAUCCAGAUAAAUGUUAACAGCCUGAAAACUAAGCAGGAAGUUUUUGAGACGCAAAAAAGUAAUUGGGAGAAGAUGGUCACCCUCAUCAUGCUACAGGCUCAGCAGACAGAGAAAACCAUCAGAGGAGAGUUUCAGAAACUUUAUCACUUCCUGAGCAAAGAGGAGGCAGGCCAGAUAGAUGCGUGUCGGAGAGAAGCAAAACUUAAGAGUGACGCAAUGAAUGUCAGGAUUAUAAACCUAACUGCAGAGAUUUCUGAGCUCAUGGAAAAAAUCAAAACCAUAGAAGAUCAGAUGAGAGCAGAAGACCUCUCAUUCAUCCUGAGUGCAAAAUCAACACUGGAAAGAUCGCUGUGCAAGCUGCAACAACCAAAAACCCCAGAAGGAUGUCUGAUUGAUGUGGGUCAGCAUGUUGGAAACCUUCAGUUUUCAGUCUUAAAAAAGAUGGCUGAAAUAUUAAAAUACACCCCUGUGUUUUUGGAUCCUAACACUUGUUGUAAGUCUCUGACUGUAUCAGAGAACUUAACCAGUUCAACAAAAAGUGAUAAGAAUCAGCCAUGUUACCCCAACCCUGAGAGAAUGGGUUAUCAUGAACUUCUCGGCUAUCAAGGUUUUAACUCUGGUGGACACAGCUGGGAUGUAGAGGUGGAGGUGGGUGAUUUCUGGGCUGUGGGUGUGGCUGAUAAAACUACGAAGGACAGAUGGGCCAUGUACAUUUGUGGUUGCACCGGUGUUCUACGUAACCUUAACAAAACGGAUUAUGUCACUGAAAUAAAAGUAGAAGCUCUACCUCAGAAAGUCAGAGUGCAGUUAAAUUAUAACCAAGGAAUAAUUUCAUUUUUUGACCUUGAUAGAAAAAAAACAGUUCAUGCCAUCAAAUACAGCUUCACAGAAACAGUCUUUCCAUACUUUCGUGGCAGUGUAAAAAUUUUACCAUCUGAUACAAGCGUGAGCAUUGGGAGAACCCAAGGCCAUCUCAGUUACAUGUUCCUCCAAUCUUAAAGGCAGCUCAAAAUAGCAGAAUGAGCCUUUGAAACUGAUUUUUUUUUUUUUUGUGGUGUAGAUGUAUGACCACACUUUUAAAUCUUGAAGUUCUUGAUAAACUGCAAACUUGCAACAGAUUGUUGCUUCAAACAAGAAAGGUCUGAAGCAGCAAACCUUGCUUCAAACCUUGUUGCUACCCUAACCCUAACUCUAAUCCUCCAAUGUUUGUAGUGACAAGUAAAAUGUGUACUUUGAGUUAGCAUAAAGUGAACUCUAUUUCAUCGUUAUUUACUGUUCCUAAUUUUUAUCCAUAUCUACUUUGCUUUAUUAACAUGACAGGUAUCCAACAGUGAUGUACAGUUGUAUAAAGCAGGACAGAAAGCUUCAGACAGUCAGCAAACCGUCUUAAGUGACAGUUUGCUAUGCUUUAGAUAUGAUCUACAAGUAAAAUACAUUUAAAAAAAUCAACACUUGCUAGUAUGAAUACCUACAAUAUCACUACAGUGUCCCAUAUAUCAGUAUAUAUAAAAACCCACCUGCUUAGAGUUACGUUUGAAGCAUAAUCAAUGAAACAUUGAUCAAUAAACAGAUGUGUAAUGACGGCAAAGUGUAAUAAUGUUGACUGUGUGUUCUAUGACUUUGUAUGUUUGUGUUUUUGUGAUGUAAAGCACUUUGAAAUGCUAUACAAAUAAAAUUAUAUUGAUUGAU